ACAUACACUAGUUGUUGUAUUUCAGCAGUUUAGUUUUAAGAAACAGGACAGGACUCCUCCCUUCUACUGUGAUUUUUGUGAAGCUUCUUCGAAACAGCUACACCAUCAUGAGAGUUUGACUUUGAUACUGGUUGGGUUUGGAUACAAAGGAACCUGUUUCUGUUUCUACUCUCUUUCAAACUCAAGUCAAAGUGACGGGGGACCGUUGCAGUGGUCUCGUCUGGUGCAACCGUCACCGCCGGCAGUCGUAGGCCGUGGAAAGUUACAGAGUGGCCGGUGUAGUUGAGCUGCCAGCAGGACCAACAGACUCGGAAGAACAGCAAGGCGUAGGGUGGAUUGGAAUGAAAGUUUGAAAGACGAGUCCCAACAAACAUUGAAAGCAAUGAAGAUAACGUGAAGUUUCGUUGUCCACGUAACCAUCAGGCAAACCUGCUGCUCCCCAACCCCCUUCGUCAAAGAUGUCGCAGACAGCACAGACACCCUCGGUUCUCAGCCUUCUGUUGCAGACUGAGUUCAACACGACGACGCUGGUGCCCCCGGUCACACAGACGCCGACCAACCCAGCGCCAGAGUUACCGUGUGAUGGCAUCAAAUAUGACUAUGAAAUCCCGACGGCUGUCGUGUGUGGAAUGUGCUUCAUAUUCGGCAUCGUCUUCACAUUUUUCGGUUAUAGAUGCUUCAAAGCCAUCAUGUUCCUCGUUGGUUUCAUCUUAGCUUCCAUCAUCAUCUUCCUUGUCUGUAUAGAAGAAAGCUCCCUCUCUAUUGGGGCUAAUGUGGGCAUCUCCAUCGGUGCGGGCGUGGCCUGCGGCUUGGCCACCAUGCUCUUCACCCUCUUUGGUCUCUUCAUGUCGGGCUUCCAAAUGGGCAUCUUCAUCUCGGCAGCCAUCCUGAUCGCCAUCGAGCGCUUCUACCACCCGGACAUCAUCUGGAUCCCGCUAUCGAUAACGUUCGGGAUUGGCACCAUCUGCGGACUGCUCACGGUGAAGUGGCAGCGGCAUCUAUUCAUUCUGGCUACGAGCGUCAUAGGGGGUGCUAUCGUCACGACGUGCGCGGACUAUUUCCUGGAGUUGUUCCGGAUGGUGCAGUACGUCUACGAUCGGUUCCUUGUGAAGGAAUCGCAGGAACUGUGCUGGUACAGCUGGCUGAUUCUGGGAACGUGGCCGGUCAUUACUACACUAGGGAUUAUCAUUCAGUAUAAAGUUACAUCCAGGGGGUUCAACCAUAAAGAUGGUCAUAAAAAGAUCAAAUCUCAGCAUGUAGAGCUACACAAGCUCAAAAAGAGGAAGCCCCCUAAAGAUCGGGACGAAGUACGACUACAAAAAUAUCAAAAUCUUUACCGGGUACGGAGGUGCAAUGGGGAUGUCGUUGCAGUGAGUUACUUUCAGAGCAUCCAGAAUCAUCUAUCACCCGAAAUGCAACGCAUCGCGUCCACGACACACCUACCCCCAGAGCCAGUCGUUAUACCGCCCCCUAUCCCACCAAUCCCUCCGCCUCCAGAGAUGACCACCACGUUGCUUAGCAACGCGUCAACAACCAUAACAACUCUAGGUCCCGUCACUCAUAUCAAUGAUGCUGAUAUUGCUGAUGUUUGAGCCUUUCAGGUUUUUGCGCGAGUACAGUAAAACUCGCUUACUGCAUUCUUUUGCUAAGCAAAACUGGGAUCCAGUUGUAAGCAAUUAGCUGGUUAGCUUUUUGUGCUAAGCAAGAACUUUUGGUGUUUGGCAGUUUUAUGAAAUCGGGUUCGGUUCAGAAAACUGCCUCUAAAUUUAAAGUCUGGCCACGGCCACGCUGGAGGGUCGUGAUUGAGUUUCCUUGACCGAAAGAAACAAAACUGGAAAAACUCCAAGCAUUUUGGGGCUUGGCUCCUAACAUAAACUUGGUACAUUUAUUUAUGCCUAAGCCAAGACUUUGGGAUAAGCAUGAAAAACAUCAUACCUGCCAAAAACUUGUACACUUUUGUAUGUCCAUUUAACUGGUAACCAAUGAAACCUAAACUAAGCAAACUUUCUUGUUGUAUCUAGCAUUUUCAUUUGGGAAUUUCAUUUCUUAUUCGCCCUUUGCAAUGGAAAAAAAACGAUAAAAAUUUAAUGGAAUUUUUAACAAACAAAACGAAUGUUUUUCACCUCGGAAGGAUGUUGAACAUUAAAAAAAAUUAGCGUCAAUUGGCGCAAUCAAAUCAGAGGGAGAUUUCUGAUGAAUAGAAUCUUCGAUCGUGAUCUGAUCGAGAUUAAAGUCUUUGACUGAUAAUGGAGAUAGAUUCUUGGUGUGAUGGUAAAAGUAGGAAAUGAAGGACGUUAUCAGCGUUUCCAAUCGACUCUCGGCUGUCGCUAGAGUUUCAGUGAAACAGAUGUACAGGAAACAUAACAUCAAUUUCAAAGAUAUUAUCUUUAUUUCUUGGCGAAAUUCAGAAAGAACGGAGUGCUUUAUAAAAGUUGAUGAGCAAAUGGAAAACUCAAGUUGGUUUUUAACAAAAAGGUUACUUGAAAAUACCAAUCAUCAAAGGAAUAAUUUGUUUGAUUGGACCUAUAACACGGUGCUACUGUCAAGUUCCUAGUAUCUGUUAGUAGCAAUGAAUACUGAUUGUCAUUAUCCGGAAGGGGAACCAUACUAUUUUUACCCCAGCCUCAUUUUGGUCUACCAGGGCAUUUUCCCAAACCUUGGCGUGGGCUCCGUAAUGGCUUGGACUUUGUCAUAAGUAUGGCGUGUCCAUUGAACAGAGCCCGGAGACAAAGUCUAAAUCGGAAUUUGGAAAAUGCCUUGAAUUGAAAUGACAUCAACUUUGGCCAGAGAUUUUGAGGUCUGCUUUUAAAGGCACUGGACAUGUUUGGUAAUUACUCAAAAUAUAUUUAGCAUAACAACUUACUUGGUAAUGAGCA